AUGACGACGACGAUCGACGCGUCCAAGCAACUGACGCGGGAAAAGUCCGCGGCGAUGGUGACGAACAUGCUGCGCGUGGCGCUGCACACGGUGACGUUUUGUCGAGGGAUAUUCGACGCGGAGACGCACUUUAAGGAGUGUAAGAACAUGAACGUGUCGAUGCAUAAGCUGGUGCCGGCGAGUAAGGGGGCGAAACGAAUCUUGGACAUGCUCGAGCGAGGCGUGGCGGACGCGCUGGAGCGGGGAUAUUUGAGGAGCGUGUCGUUCGCGCUGACGCGAGCGGUGGUGAAGGAUGGAGUGAAGGAUGCGACGAUGCGGGAGACGGUGGAGGAGUAUAAGUUUAACGUGCGCUAUGGGAGCCGAGGCGAGGUGACGCUCGACGACGCGCGGUACAUCGGCGGCGGCGAUCGAGGCGACGUGAGCGUGGGGCUGAGCGAUCGCACGGGCAAGACGACGCGCAUGGAACGAUUGAGCGAUGUGGAUUACAUUAAGAAGGCGGCAAUCGCCAUGACGCGCUGUUUGCUGUCGCUCGUGAAGACGUUGGAGAACGUUCCCGACGGGUGCGCGUUUAACAUUCACGUUUCGUACGUCAACGGUACGCCGGCGGAUUACGAGCCACCGUUCUUUGAGGCGGCGGACGCGACGAGAGAAACGACUUGGUCGAAGAACCCGUUCAGUAUGAGUGUUGGAAAAGUGGAAACCGAGUAUCACGGGCUGUCGCUUCGCGUGCGUUCGGUGUUGGAUCCCGCUCAAGACACCGACAGCGGACAAAAGAGCAAUCCCGGAUCGUCGCAAACUUCUUCUUUGCUCGAUGAGUCACCUUCGACGCCUGUCGGCGACAAAACGGCCGCUGACGACGCCAUCGUUCCCAUGUCGCAAGACGUUGUGGUGAAUCUGUCACAACCGAAGGCGGAAGCCGCACCGACGUUCGACGACGGCGAAGUCGAAGCGCAAGUACUCGAUUGGGUGAAAACGCGACGGAGCUCGGGCAUCGUCGACGCCGUGGCGUGCUCCAAUACAUUCCGAGCGUACCCGUUCAAGGUGAUAGAUCGUGCGUUCGAGCGCUUGCUUGCCAAGGGGCUGGUUGAAAAGAACGGGGAUCGAGGUUUUGUCUUGUCGUCAGCGCCAAAGACGAAUGGUAAGAAGCGAUCCGCGUCGACGAAGGCUAUCGCGCCGCAGGCUACUCGUCGCUGCUUACGCUCGAAUACGCGAAAAUAA